GAGGGGUCGUGACUUGAACAACGUGACAUGACAUGACAUAACAUGGACAUCGCAUUCAACAAACAACAUCACAUCACCGCGCACCACCUCAGCCAAAACUAUCGUCUUCUUCAUGUUUCUGCUAUCCUUCUCCAUGUACAUGUUGGGGACCUUGUAUAAUUUCUCCUCACCUGUUAUCUACCAUGAGACCGCCUGUCCCAGAUGUCGCGUUGCGUAGGGCCCGCAAGUCCUCCAUCGAACAGCAGUGGACCGACCCCCGCAAUACUAGUACUGCCCCCGCGACCUUCUUCCUGGCCCGCAGUCGUGAUCGCGAUGCGGAGGAGGAGCUCUCUCCCGGUGAGUCAGUUCCUUCAAGGGAUAGUAUGUACGGUGUACAAAGCCUCGAAGAAGCCGUUCUCGAUGCCAAUCCCCCUGCCUCCGAGUGCGAGCCCUUUCCUUCGGGUGGGAACUCUGAUUCCACGACUUCGAUCGGACAACAACAACCGCCUCCCCGCGACCAUCUAGAUAACGGUGAUAACGAUGCUACCUCAUUGCCUCGCCGCAAGUCGACUCUCAAACCCAGCGAUCUACUCAAUGCUAGCAGAUUGGAAAUUUCUUUACCAUCUUCUGAUCGCACUUCUCCUCGACCUUUGACGCCAUCAAACCUCAGCAACCCAGAUGACCCAUCCUUUUCUCUCCCCAGCAGUCCCAAAUCGUUCUCCAACCAGUCCCUGAGGCAUCUCGAUGACAUCUCGAUUACCGAUGAUGUAAGCAGUGAGAUUGUGGCUUCAGGUGAAGAAGACAAUAAUUUCCCGACACCAUCCAACAUAUGCCUUGAUAGCGCAUCUCAGUUGGUAAUGCCAAGUAUUAGGAUGCCCAGUCGAAGGCCUUUUACAGAACGAGGGAAGUCACUGGGCCGUCUGAAAGUGCUAAUCGCAGGUGCUUCUGGCACUGGGAAAACCUCCCUCAUCAAAUCCAUUGUUCAAGCUUGCGAAGAUAUCGUUCACGUCGACCCCUUUCCCUCCCUGCCCCUCUCAAAAUCGACCCGCACACCUGGCUCUUCAUCCCAUUCCUUCCAGACACGCAGCAGUCCUCCAUCUGUCACGGAAAUUUAUGCUAGCACAAAACCAUAUCCCGUAUGGUGGUCAGACCUAGAAGAUUCGCGUGUUUUGCGAAGACGACGGAGCAUGGGUGAUGUAGUCCUGGAGCGUAAUCUCUGUUUCGUUGAUCCCCAGUCCAACGAGUUGGACUGUGUAGGGCAAACUGACAUCAUCAUACAAUAUAUCCGUCAACAGCUUCUCCGGGCAAUGACGUCCCUAAACUCGGCCAAUCAUGAUUUCCAGAAUAUGCUCGCGGGCAACGGUGGUGCCCAGGUUGACACUGUCUUAUACCUCCUCUCUGAAGAUACCCUUCAUACAGAUAUUGAAUCUAUCCGGAAGCUAUGCGACUGGACAAACGUCAUUCCCGUCAUAUCUAAAUCAGAUCUCUUGUCAUCCAGUCGAGUCUCGGCCCUCAAAUCCACAUUUCAUAAGCAAGCUCAAGAGGCCAACAUUAAACCUUUCCUUUUUGGGGAUGUAUCCCUCGGUGAAGUCAACGGGCUCAACGCUCAGUGUCCUUUUGCAGUUUCGUCCGCCAAGUCCGACGAUGAUGACGUUAUGGACGCCAGCACCCUGAUGAGUCCGGACUACGUCCAGCCUUUAAUGGGGUCCGAAUUAAUGAUCUUAGUGCAGAUGUUAUUUGACCGAGAAAAUAUAGCCUGGCUGCGACAUUUAUCUGCCAAGAAGCUUGCCUUACGGCAACAAGAGCAGUCAUAUUGGCAGCAGGAUGCCUUACCAAAUAACGUCCUUCCUGGUGUUCAUACUUUACGGGGUGGCUCCUCCAGUUACACCAUGGCGCGAAUAUCUGACUAUACUCGCCACGAAGAGAGGCUGGCCCGGGUACAGCUGGCAAAGUGGGCGUCUGACCUUCAACAAAGCCUACGUAAUGAACGAGAAAGAUACGCCAACAUGGCAAGGGGGGAUCGUGCUGUCUGGCUCACGGAGCGUCUGGGAGAGUGUGUUGUAGAUGGUUCAUUAGUGCCUAUCUCACAGACUCCUGGCUUCUGCGGUCUCCGUGUACCUGCGGAAAAAGCAGGUAGCGGUAUUCUAGUUCGGACACAAAACGGAAAGAGGGUAGAAUGUCGUAUUGCAAGGAUAAGCCCUCAUGAUCCACUGGGUCUAGUUUGGUGGUCCGAGGAUCUUAAGCGCCGGGGUUGGGCCAUCAUCCAAAUUGUGGGUAGUUUCGGGGUCGUUGGAGGGCUUGCGUUGUGGCUUGCGAAGGCCUGGGGAUUAUCCUCACGAAGUUUCUCUGAGUGGCGAUUUGAUUGGUAUUGCAUUGGCCAUUAAGGAGACACGCCAACCAGAGUAUCUGCGCCUUGUGAUACUUGCUAGGUAUGCAUUGUCUAGGAUUGAGCAGCAAAUGAAACAAGUGCGUUGGACUGGGCCAUCCCCUGCGAGGCGGCGGCCAUCGUGUAGUGUCCCUGCAUAGCUACUUGCUUACUAGCAUUGCCUCUCGAUUUGCAUGUCCCUCGUUGUCCCAUGACUGCUCUUCAAAGUCUACGAAUCACGCCUAACGAGAAUAACUAUAAAGUAAUGCAUGGCCCCAAUUUUAUGCACUGACGGAGUACGGAGUUUUGCAUUUCAUCUCUCUGCUGUGUUACAAGCUAACGUGUGUUAUGGGAAUGAAUGUAUGUAUGCGCGACGCAUCGGUGGCCGGGUUCGAUGUUACUUGCUAGGCUAAUAAAAGGCGCCUCAUUCCUUUGAUCGCUAAAUAUAAGCCAGACUACGCGCAGGUAGAAGGCAGCAUGGUUCACGGAUUCUCCCUACCAAGAUCGGACAUUAGCAUUUCAUUUUUUCGAGCAUAUACAUGAAUAU